GCACAAUAGUAAGUCGUGAGAUACCAUGUGAUCAGGGGGACUACACAAGGCGCCUCGGGCAUCAUGAUUACAUGGUUGCUAUGGAGCCAAACGCUAGUUUCAGGCCGAUGCCAUACUUCAGGAUCGUUAAGCAUUCCCGUUGGCGGAAGUUAUCACUGACUGGAUAGGCUGUUCUUGUAAAGUGCCCGCGAGAUAGACUCUUGACAAUGCCUAUGGUGCCAUGUUUCAUGUCCAAGUUGACGCGUGGUAUCGUUUCCCAGCGGGGGCCAAGUCGAUAUCGAACUUGCACCUCAGCGCGUGAUGCGGUCUACGUCGGGAGACUGGCUGACCCUCGUGAUUCGACAUUCAGGGGGAUCAUCUACCAUGCACGAGGGAGAAGUCACCGGUUAAUGAGACAUGGUGCGAUCAGGCUCAUGAAACUGCUAUGCGAUUUGUGAAGAGUCUGCGAAAAUGUGGCGGUGGAUUAUAGCUGGCUUUGACUAUCAACAUGAGUCGUGAUCUCUACGAUGUGUGCAAGCUGGAUGAAUUCUUCUCGCACAAAGAAUCGGGAAUGGUGGAUUUCGAGGCAGAAGCCAGAGUCUCUGACCUCCACGUAUUGGGCUUGCAGGUUCACAGAAUGAAGCUUUUCGCGGAUUGUAGCUCGAAGCACGCCCGAGCACGCCUGUGUGCUAUCGCAAGCCUACCUUGGAGAAUGUGUGAAGCACGUGUCAUUUGUGAUUUGCUAGACACUGCAGCGAGUCGUGACCUCAACGUUGGGAACGUCAUACUGAUCUCGGCAAGCGCUCUCGGCACAACCCGAAGAAUGCAAAGUCUUCCCCGGAUGGUGCAGUCAUCUCGUGUGUGGGGUCUGAAAGCUGUGAGACAGGCCUGUGUUGACUCAUCUGGGAACAGCUCAACAUGUUGCAUUGAACGCUGGCCAUCAACACCGACGGAGACCGUUAGUGGUCUGAAGAUCCUCCGCAGAGCACCAGCGAGGUGUCGCAACUUGUGCGCAUGUGUUGAGGAGCUCAGUGUGACAAUUUUAGCCCAGUGAUUGCUCAUGCACCAAUGACAUUUUGAGACACGCCAAGGGUGCAUCAGCGAGCACUUUAGAGGGGGGAAUUGGGUGGUGCCAUUUUCUGAUGGAUG